CUUCCAGACGCGCUCGGAGUUGGUUGUGUCGCUGCCGGUUGUCGCGAGUACACCUCGACAAGUCCACAUUCACACCUCGCCAAUCAAUAUCAAUUUUCCAUUUCCACGUCGCGACGGCGUUCACCCCGUUUCAUCUACCAGCGAUCCGGUGGAAAAGUGUCGCCUAUGCGGUUAGUGGGAGACUUCCGAGAGAGGUUAUGUACAUAGAGGCGUCGAGCAAUUGAAAAAGCGGGUUUAGUAAACACCGGCUCGAGAGAUGGUGGUCCUGCCAGACGCUGUCGCGCCUUCGUCCAAGGUUCUGCUGAGAGAUGUGAACGAGUGCAUCACUUGCCAUAUUUGCAAGGGAUACAUCAUCGAUGCCACGACCAUCGUCGAAUGCUGCCACUCGUUCUGUCACAGCUGCAUCGUUCCGCACCUCAGGACAAAGGAGUACUGUCCAAAGUGUGAAUUGAUCAUCAACAAGACCAAGCCGAAUAUCAAGCCAGAUGCGACUUUCCAGGCGAUUGUAUACAAACUGGUGCCGGGACUGUACGAGAAGGAGCUGCAGCGGAGACGAGGCUUCUACAGCAGUCGCCCCGAGGAAGCGAAGCUGGCGACACCAGAACAGAGGGGUGAAGACAUAGAACACCUCAUCUUCAGGCCCACCGAGAAGAUCUCCCUCUCCCUGGAGUACGCAUUCAUUGAUGAGCACAAGAAUCGCUCCCUGGAGCUCACGAAGCCCAAAUACCUUCAGUGUCCUGCCAUCUUUCCCGUUUCACUCCUCGGCAAAUUCGUGAUGAUGAAAUUCGGCAUCGAUUCAGCGCAAUUCAAUGUGGAUAUCAUGUACAAGGUCAAGACAAUUGUGCUGCCAGAGUACUACACACUGAUGGACGUGGCGUACAUCUACACGUGGAAGAGGGAGGCCCCGAUGCGGUUCUUCUUCCGCGUGCGCACGAAGGAGACGAAGAGCGAGGAGCUGCCCGAGGUGCCCCUCCGCCGAUCGCCCAGCAUCAACAGCCGCCAGGCGCAGGUGGCGACAGAUGACGCGACCCCGGAGGUCAAGGAGGAGAGUGCGAAGGACACGCCGAAGCCGAGCGCCCCGGCCAAGAAGGAUAUCAGUGACAAGUGCAUAAAAGUGGAGAAGAGCGCGGUGAAAGUGGGGAAGAGUGGUAAGAAGAACUACGAGGAGUGCGUGAAGAGUGAGAAGAGUGAGAAGAGAGACAAGGAGGGCGUGAAAGUGAAGAAGGAAAAAGUGUCUCAAGAGAGUGGCAAGAAGUGUGAGAACAUCAAAUUGAAAAUUGGCCUGUCCAAGGACAAUUCCAAGAUGAUGGUGAUUAAGGACAUCUCCCCAAAUCCGUCAGAGAAGAAGAGCAAGGCGACUGAGACACCCUCGAAGAGUCCCAAGGAGAGAGUGCCUCAGGUUGUGGUGAAGAUUGAAAAGUGUGCUGAGCCGAAGACUGUGGUGAUUCCCACGCAAAAGGAGAUGCAGAAGAGUGUCAAGCAAGAGCCAAAGAGUCCUACGGAGGUGAGUAAUCACACGCCAACAGCAAAUAGCACUCCGAGAACUCCUGUGAAGCUCGAGGCGAGGGAGAAGACGCCCAGUCCCACUUCCAGUCCAGCUCCGUCCACGGCGAAGGAGGUUGAUGUGGAACAGCAGAUGGAUCUCGAGGAGAUUACCAAGUCUCAGUUCCUCAACUCCUUCGAGCUGACGGCCAAGAAGGUGGACGUGAGCAAGAGCCAGACCAAUCCCAAGACUGAUAGUGCAUCGAAGAGGAAGAGUAAGGAGCCGGUGAAGAAAAAUCGCCUUCCGGAGUUGCCAAAUUUGCUGGCUGACAAUCCCAAUGUGUCAGUGGAUGUGGAGGAGAAGAAGAAGCCCCCGGUGACUAAUGGAUUUGUCGUGCCCAAGGCGGAGCCGCCCAGCAAGAGGCCUAAGAAGGAUGAGGUCACCGUGCCGCGCAGGAAGUACACGAAUUUCGUGAAAAUCGCCCCCAAACAGAGCUCAAGCACUGUUUCAUCGCUGAUGAACAGCGCUGCCUUCAUCGGCGGCUCGGGCACAUCGAAAUUGUCAAUGAGAUCCUCAUCGACACCCUCCAGAAUCGCCCCGCCGCGUCGUCAGUCUGUCGCCACGGACAAUCCGUCGCGCAUUCUGCAGGACACCUUCUCGAUGCUGCAGAAGAACAGCACGGAGAUAAAGAAGAUCGACGCGGCGAAGGAGGGAAAGGUGUACGGGCCACAGAUGAGACCACCUCCGACGCCAGGACUGCCGAUGCCGCGCACCCCCAAUCACGUGCCCGAGUAUUGGAACUUCUCGAUGCGGAACGGCUCGCCCAAGACGUACAUGUCGCCCUACAGCCUGUCAUCGCCACUGUACACCCCCAAUUACUCACCCAACUCACCCCAGUACGCGCCCACCUACAACAUCCCCAUCACCCAGUCGCAGUUCAAGUACACGGGCCUCCCCACGAACAGCACGGCCGGACUGCCGCGGGCGCUGGGCAAGGGCGCCGAGGAGAAGAAGGAGAAGCGGGAGGACAGGGAGCAUAAGCGCGCAAAAUCAGCAUCACCCACCGCAGAAGCUGGGGAGCCGCCGGAGAAGCAGAGAAAGGUGCAAUCACUGCUGAACUCCUGCAACAUCACCUUUCCCUCGUCACUCUCGAUAACACUCACGAAUGAGCAGAACGAUGCAGAGGCUAACAAAAGCAGCAAGACUACAAAGCUGAAGAAGCCUGUCAAUAACUACAUUGAGAUUCUGAAGUUGCCAAGCGACGGAGCCACAACUGUGACCCCAAUUCCCCCCGCCGAGGACACCCGCAAUGGCAAAGUGUCGCCCAAAGAGAAGCCGAAGGAUUUGCUCACGAAGGUCAGUGAACUGGCGACCAAGGCCACGGAGACGAGCAAGAAGGGUGACAAGGAGACGGAAGCCACCAAGAAGCAACUGCCCAAGCUCAAUCCCAUCGACAAGGCGUCGCCGAGUCUGCCGACAAGCGAAGGUGGAGCUGAAUCCUUCCAGCAGACCUACCUCAUGUCCCUCCUCAAUCAGUCCGACUACAAGAACAAGAUGCAGAACAAGCUGUACGAUCUCAAGACCAACAAAAUCAUCCCGCUUGACGGAGUCACGUCGACAUCGCCCGAGAGCCGGCCUAGUCCUCCGCCGCCGCCCAAGUCCAAGAGCGAGCCGAGCUCGCUGGUGAAGGAGAGCCAGAAGGAGGAGGUGAAGCCCUCCAGGUCAGCAUCAGCCCUGGAUCUCUCCUCGGUCACGUCCAGUGCGGACGCGCCCGAGGCGAAGGACAAGAAGUCGAAGGAGGCCAGAAAGUCCCCGCAAGUCGCUCUGAUGCCACUGUCGCACAUUCCGCCCUCGCCGGACCUCCUGAUGGCCGGUCUGACGCCAGCCUUUCCCGGCCCCCUGAACUAUCCGGCCUUCUGGAUGGAGCAGUAUCAGCGCAUGAAGAAGGCCGGAUCCGAAGCGCUCGAGCUCUACUUCCAGAACAUGCAGAAGAGCGUGGGCAAGUCCAAGGGCGCCUCGGAAUCCAAAACCCCACCCCCUUCGACGCCCACCACUAUCUCCUCCACCGUGAAAGACGCUGACAAAUGAGCCACAUCUUCUAGUUCCGAGUCGUUGGACGCAAAAUCCCAACUUUCCUAUUUAUUCUACUGUUCUGUGAACUUUGCGCGAUAAUUUCUGUACAUAUAUUUUAUACGACUGUCAGUGUGCUUAAGAGAUGAAAGAAAUAGAAGAAAUGCCAAUCCCGGAAAAUGUAAUCGAAGAAACAGAGAGCAAUCAUGGGAAGUGUUUAUGUGUAUAAAUAUAUUUUCUACCGAAAUAAACUAUAUUCU